UAACCUUCCUGACAACAACAGUCCAAAGACAACGUCCACAGGUCAAUGGAACUUCUCUAACACGACACUUCAGUCACAGGAACCGCAAUGGCACAGAACCGAUUCCUGUGGAUUAUAAUCAUGUUAUUUAUUCCUAAUUUAACGGUGGGAUUAUUGUCCGACUACAAAAUCUGUGGAGACUCCGAGUGUGAGAGUCUGAUGAGCAGGGUACAGGCGGUCAGGGAUCACCAGGGCCAAGACUGUCGCUUCCUGACUUUCAGAACCGGAGACACCAUCUCUGUUUACCACAAACUGACCGGACGAAGGGACGACCUCUGGGCAGGAACUAUGGACAAACAGUUUGGUUACUUCCCCAAAGACGCCGUGCAGGAGGAGCAGGUUUAUGCCGUGACGGAGAGAGUUCUCCAAACUCAGACGUCGGAUUUCUUCUGUCUGGAUGAGUUCGGUUCCCCCCUGGACUUCAGUGAUCUGGACCCUGAUGACAGAAGUCAGGAUCAGGAAAUCCAAACUCAGGAAUCUGAUCCCGACCGACCCGUCUCAGACACAAACGCCGGUCUUUCACCGUCACCUUCUCAGCAAAUCAACCACAUGACGGAAAAAGUCGACGGAACUCAAACGGAAACAAACGUCGGCCCUGAGGAGGAGGAGCAGGAGGAGGAACCAGCGACGUUGCGCCUCCUCCUGGACGCGGCUCAUCUUCUUACUCGACAGUCAUUGGUCCACGUCCAGGCCGUUCAGCACUUCUUCUCCUGGACUGCACAGGUUGUUUCUUCACUGCCCGAUGACAUCAGACCUGGACCGGACCUGUACGGGUUACCAUGGGAACCGGUCAUCCUCACCUGUUUGGUGGGCCUGGUGACGGUGGUGUUGUUCACCUGCAGAUGUUACAGUUCUCUCAGAAGCAGAAUGUACAGAAGCAGAGAGCAGUGGAUGGCUGCUCAGGUCACACAGCUCCUGGAGGACAAGUGUCUGGUCCUGCAGUCUCUGAGUCAGUGUCAACAACAGCACGAUGAGCUGGAGAACUCCCUGAGAGACAGUGGUGUCCUGGCCCAGACGCAGAAGACGGAACAUUUAGAGAUGGAAGCUAAUCGGUGUGAACAUGCUAACAGAGCGCUGCAGCAGGAUCUGGAACAACUUAAAGUUCAACUUGAGCAGCAGAGAAACCACAAGAUGGAGCAAGAAAGAAAAAUUGCAGUUCUCGAAGAGAGCAUGAAAUCCUGUGAAGAAGAAACCAAAGACCUACAGUCACAGGACGAGCAGGGACACACAUCACUGAAGGUGUAUGGCAUGAACAGUGAGAGGCUUCAGAGGAACCUGGACACUGCUGCAGAACAGAACAGACUUCUCAAGGAGAGCAAUGUUCAGCUGCAGCAGCAGGUGGAGGGGUGGGCCGAGAGAGUGGGGGAGUUGGAGGAGGAGAUGCAGAGGUGUGAGGUCACCUACAGUGGGAUCCAGCAGAGCGUGGCCAAUAAGGAUGAGCGUAUAAAGUCCCUGACAGACUGCCUGCUCAGGGUGAAGGACUGGGAUUCAAACCUGGCAGCAGAGGAUGGUGAUAAAGAGGCGGCCAAUGGGAGAGGAGAGUCCACGGACACGGACGGACACUUCCAGAACUUACAGAAACUCAUUCACGCUGCCAAGCUAAACGCAGACCUGAAGUCAGUAGAUGAAGACAAGACGAGAGUUUUUGCCAAACUCAACGAUGAGGUGAAGGCCAAAGAAGAUCUGGAAGAGAGCAUUCGGGAUCUGGAGAGGGAGAAACUGUCUCUGCAGUCAGACACUCAGCACUUCUCUGACCAGGUGGAACGUUUACAGCAAAAACUCCAGAUCAUGACAGAAAUGUACCAGGAGAACGAGCUGAAGCUGCACAGACUCCUGACGGUGGAGGAGAAGGAGCGUCUGCAGAAGGAGGAGAAGUUACACAAAGCUGAUAAAAACAUAGCGUUGGCCAUGGAAGAACUCAACAACUACAGACAACGAGCCGGAGAGAUGGAGGAGGAGCUGGACAAAACCAAACAGUCGUACCAGACUCAGAUAUCAGCCCACGAGAAGAAGGCUCACAACAACUGGCUGGCGGCUCGAGCGGCAGAGAGAGAACUGUCUGACAUCAAGAGAGAGAACUCCCUUCUGAGACAAAAGCUGACCAACACACAGUUUAAACUGGACGCCUUAGACCAAGACCCCUAUGCCUUGGACAGUCUGGCCAGACCACUGCCUUUUCGAGGUGAAAGGUCACCGUACGGUCCCUCACCUCUGGGUCGUCCAGCGUCAGAAACCAGAGCUUUCUUGUCCCCUCCCACAUUAAUGGACGGACCCCCCACUCGACUGUCUCCGAGAGGUGGCCCCGGAGAGCUGGAGCGCAGCGGAGGUCCACAUUCAGAGAGCGGCUCAAUCUCUCCUUCAUGGGAGAGAGAUCGGAGAGGACCACCUCCUCCAGGACCUCCAGGACCUCCAGGACCUCCAGGACCUCCAGGUUAUAUGUUUCCAGAACCAGGAGGUCCCAUGUACAGAAGACCUCCACCUCCUCCAGGAGUUCUGGGGCCUUUCCCUCCUCCUGGCCCACCUCCCCCUCAUCUUAGAGGCUUCCCUCCCCCUGGUCCACCACGACCUCCGCACCCUGCAGACCUGACGGACGGAUCCUUCAGAGAGAACAGCCUCGGACCUGGGGACGUGGAACACAGACAGUCAGGUCCUGCUGAGCGAAGGACUCCACCUGAAGCAGAUCUGAGAAUGGGAGGUCCACCUCUGCCUGGGCCACCAGGGGGACCCACAGAUGGUCCGCUUCCAAUUGGAGCUCCUUAUGGACCCCCACCUCCAGAUUUCUACCCCCCCAGGCCACAGGGGGGCGGGCCUCCUGGGAUGCCUAUGUGGGCUCCUCCUCAUCCAGGGAUGAUGCUGCCUCCUCGUUUCCCGCCCGGCGGACCUCCUCAUCUUCACUAUGCUCCUCCCAUACGGCCCUUGCCACCCAACAACUUCCCACCUGCCUCCAUGGCUCCUCCUCCUCCUCAGCGAGGCCGUUCACCUGAGGAGCACAGACCCUCCCCUGAAGACGCCAUCUGACCUGACCUCUGACCUCUGUCACAGCCGUCAGGUGAUGCACAUGUUCUGGUGGUGGACAAUAGGUGAGAAACAGUGAGGGGGGGGCAGCUGUCUCCCUUUACUCCCCCUUUCUCCACACUUGACUCUCCCAUUGAUGAACUGCUUCACUUCCUGUUAGUCCUGUUAAAUUCUACCCAGGUGACGGGGAGAGGAGGGGGGCUCCACAGGGUAGGCAGGUAAAUUUGAAAAAAAAAACAAAAAACUUUCAAAUAUAUUCCGUCCACUCAAAUUUCCAAAAGAUUAAAAAACAAAAAUCAGUUUAGUCAAAGAGACGGUGAUGAAACUGUGACGCCUGGUCCUGCAGUGACAUCAACUGUGUCAGCUGUAGGUCAAAGGUCACGUCAUCAGACUGUUAGAAACAUUGACCAGAUCAGAAACAGAGUCUGGGAUAAGGUUUCACUCUGACGGGGGUCGGGGGGGGGGGGGGGGGGGGUGUUUGUGUGUUUCCAUUGAUGAUCGUUAGCCUAUAGAUGAGCCGUGAGUGGUAGAAAAGACCAGAGGUUUUAUUUUUGAAUGUGAAUCCAGGCUCCACAGACGUGGUUGGUCGGAUGUUUCUGUGACUGGAAAGUUGAUGAGUUCAUAUCACUGAUGAAUCAGGACGAGACGUUAGAAACAGAAAGUUUGAAUAAAGUUGUUUGGUCAGAACAUGUGACCAAAUCAAUGUCAACGAUGGUUGGAUAAAAAAGAACCAAUCAAAGACACUUCUGUGAAUUUUGUAAAAAGUAAUUAUGAACAGAUGAAUAAACUUUGUAAGUUGUAAAUAUU